ACGUUGGAGCUGACUCUGUCUCCAUAUCUCUUACUAUCUAUAAAUAGAGAAAAGAGAGAGAGAGAUGAAGGAUACGUAUCAUAGUUACAGCUGCUCUCCACACUAUAUAAAUAAAAAGAUGGAGUAGACAGACACUUUGAAAAGUACAUUUGAGUUCCGUCUUCGACUUCAUCAUCGCCUGUUUUUACAUAACCAAAGUGGUCACAACAAGCUUAUUUAAAGAAACUUUGAAUUGGAAUACGUAGUAAGAAACAAGAGCAUCCUCCUUCAGUUUGUAGAGGUAAAUUUUGGUUGUAAAAGAAAUAUGGUGAUGAGAAGUGUAGAUCUACGAUCAGAUACGGUGACUAGGCCGACCGAUGCGAUGCGAGAAGCAAUGUGUAACGCUGAGGUGGAUGAUGACGUCCUAGGCUACGACCCAACGGCUAGACGUCUUGAAGAUGAGAUGGCCAAGAUGAUGGGGAAAGAGGCUGGUCUCUUCGUGCCAUCAGGGACUAUGGGGAAUCUGAUCAGCGUGAUGGUUCACUGCGAUGUGAGAGGCAGCGAGGUCAUUCUUGGAGACAAUUGUCACAUCCAUGUUUACGAGAACGGAGGCAUUUCCACCAUCGGAGGGGUGCAUCCCAAGACCAUCAAGAAUGAACCAGACGGGACCAUGGACUUGGCCGCCAUUGAAGCUGCCAUCAGAGAUCCUAAAGGAAGCACCUUUUAUCCAUCCACGAGGUUGAUUUGCUUGGAGAACACUCAUGCCAACUGUGGUGGGAGAUGUUUGAGCGUGGAGUACAUUGAGAGAGUUGGAGAGAUUGCCAAGAGACAUGGUGUGAAGCUCCAUAUCGACGGAGCCCGUCUUUUCAAUGCCUCUAUCGCACUUGGAGUCCCAGUUCAUAGGCUUGUGAAGGCUGCUGACUCUGUUUCGGUGUGUCUCUCUAAAGGCCUUGGAGCUCCGAUAGGAUCUGUAAUUGUUGGUUCGCAAAGCUUCAUAGAGAAGGCGAAAACUGUAAGGAAAGCAUUAGGUGGAGGAAUGAGACAAAUAGGUGUUCUGUGCGCAGCCGCUUUGGUUGCAAUUCAAGAGAACCUUCCAAAGCUACAACAUGACCACAAGAAGACCAAGUUGUUAGCUGAAGGGUUGAAUCAAGUGAAAGGGAUUAGAGUAAAUGUUGCAGCCGUGGAGACCAAUAUGAUAUUCAUGGAUAUGGAGGAUGGUUCAAGACUUACAGCUGAGAAACUGCGCAAGACUCUAGAGGAGAAUGGCAUUCUUGUUAUCCCUGAAAACUCAUCCCGGAUCAGAAUGGUUAUACAUCACCAGAUAACAACAAGUGAUGUGCAUUACACAUUGUCUUGCUUACAGCAAGCACUGCAGACGAUACAAGAACCAAGCCGAAUAUAAUUUGGUGAGAAACCAAAUUAUGCUUUCUCCUUUUAUCUUUUGGGUUUCGCCAACAAGUGUUGUCUACUUAUUAUUUAUCAUAAGUUCUUCUUUAAUUAUGACUAUUAAGGAUCUCAAUAAAAUUUGUUUACCCAUCA